AUGAAUGAAGAAAAAAGGAAGACAGCAUGCGGGGAAGAGGAGAGUGUUUGUGGCAGCCAAAGUGGUAGAAGCGAAUCGACACAUACUGGAGGCAAAAUAAAGGAUGAGAAAGCAACAGAUCCUAAGAGCUCAACCGCUUCAGAUAAUGAAUUUUCUGCAAACGCAGAGGGAAGUGAAAGGUAUUUUAUACUUGCUAACUGUUAUGCUCUUAAAUCAUGUUAGGCACACUGUAAGUUACAACAAGGCACUGCAGAUAUAAGCUUACAUGUUUCUAACUUUACAUACAUGAUCAUGCUGCUUUUCUGUUUCGUGGAUAAAAAAGAAUAUGAUUUCAUCUUGCCACAGUUUAACACCCCAUUUUAAAAUCGUUUGUCAUUUGAAAUUAUUAUUGUACAAUUUAAAACCGUCACGUUCAGGGUACAUGUAAAUGAGCUCUCAAAAAAACUACAUACAAUUUUAUGUUAGGGAGUCUAAGUGUUUCGUUUGAUAUUGAAUCUAAUUUUGUUUACAUAUAAUAAACUGAGACUUAGUUGAGUUCUAUCCAAAACGUUCACUAUAAAUAGCACUGCAUAAUAUAGUGAAGUGCAUUGAAAUGCAAGGGAUUAAGGGUUUACAAAAAAUUGAGUGAUUAAACAGUAACUGCUCUGCAGUUAAAUAAAUUACUGUCAAGAAGAAUAAAAAUAAAACAAUGCAUGGUUCAAUUUGACUUGUUACCAUGCCCCCCCCGGGCAUACCCCCAGGGAGUGGCAAUUUUCUUCUGUUCUGAUCAACCUCAUAUACCCGUUUUUUUGGGGGGGGGGUACAUCUUAUUUGCUCAGAGAAUACAUGUAAAAUGUAGUCAGAACGUGAACAAAACUCUUAAGCACCUUUUUUGACCCUGAUAGAACACCUCAUGAGAACACUGGAUUGAAUCUUUGUCUAUCAUAGAUAUGUCAAAUGCCUUGUAUUCAUUUUUAUUUACAGUCUAUUUAAGUUGUCUUAUUAUUAAACUAGGCUGAAGAAAUAUUUCUUUGUUUCAUUUGCAAAAAAAAUACAUUUAAAUAUGCAUCAUACACACAAUUGUUUGGUAUUUCAAAACAUCCCUUCAAAUACAGACUUAAAUUAUGAAAGGCUUUUCCUCUCCAACCACUCUCCAACAAAUUCCUACUUUUUCUGUUGAAAAUACUUAACCUGAGUUCCACUGCUCCGUGUAAACCAGGUGAGAAACAACACAUACUUCGCAAAAUCAAAGAGAAGUUACUUUUGAUUUACCCCGUCCCCAACCUGCGUGACAGGACCACUUCAAACAAUUCCCCACUCCGGGGCACAAAGUGCCGGACUUGUCCCGGGCGAUUGAUCGGGGAAGGAUGGGGGGAUGGUAACAGAUCAAAUUGAAUCAUGUAAAAAAUGUUAACCUUAUGAAUCAACCAUGUACACAUGCAAAACAAAACCAUUGAUGCACAGAUAAGUUUAGUGUUAUAUACAUCUCUUGUUCUCAUACUUUUUUUUGACAGGAGAAUAAUUUGAGGGCCAGAGAAUAAAUUUAAUAAUAAGCUUUCGUCUUGUUAAGACUCCCAUUUUCACUUAACCGAAUGCUGUCUUCUUUCCUUUUGUAUUUAUUUUUAAUUAGUAACAAAGGCGAUAUGAUAGCUACUGAAGACAAGCAAGAAAAAGCUGAGGUAAGAUUUAAUUCCAAAUAAUUCUACAAAUUUUUAAUUAAAUAUUGUAGAAACACUACAAUUUUUUGAGUUUUUUCCUUAUAUUUAAUUAUGUAUUUUGUACAGAUAGAACAUCAACUUACUUCAGAAAAUCAAAUCAGGAGAUUAUUAAUUCUGUACACAUUACAAAGUUGUGUACUUUUUUAUUGCUGAAAUAAAUCUAUUUUCACAACCUGUACUUAUGAGGUACUUCUGAGGUGCAAAUAUUUAAAGUUCAAUCUGCAAGGUCAGUGAAUUAAAGCAUAUCAUGACUGUAUAACUACAAUAAUUUUCCAGGUAGAGAAUGAUAAUGGUGGUAACAAAGCAAAGGAAGAGCCAGGUGAUGAAGAAGAACUGAGGAAAGAAGAAGAAGAAGUGGUAAACUUUUAUCAUAAACAACAUUUAAAUGUCUUAAUUGGAGCAGCAAUCUUGUUGGAACAGCAAACUUAUAGUUUUGAUUAAAAAAAAUCCUUGCUGUAUAUUGCUUAUAAGUUGACCACGGAGAAGAAAAACGUGUUUAGAAAAGGAUUUAUAUAUUAGUACGACCAAUAGUGUGAACUCUAGAUCAAGACAUGUGAGGACUGUUGCUAAGAUUUCAAUUUGCCGGGUAAAUACAACAAGUAGGCGGGCAAUCAAACAGCUAGAGAUUUCUUUUGGUUCUAUUUUUCUUCUAUUUUCCUUUAAAAGUAGCCAGUUGCCACAUUCUUAGUUGCUGGGGGAAAUCCCUGGCCACCGCCUCUCUAUGUCAGCCCUGACAUGUGAUUAGAGUGGGCACUGACCUUAGUGUUAGUCAGGUUGUUCACAGGGAAUUUUUCUUGUCAAAAUUGUUAUGUUAAACUGCUCUCUUAAUUGUUGUAGCAACAAGCUUUGGAGGAUGCAAAAGACCAGCUUGAACAGAAGCUUGCAGUUAGAGAAAAAAAUUUGAAAGCUGUAGGUUAGUAACAUUUCUCAGUAUCCCACUUCAUGUAGGGUUUAAAACUAAACUAGUUGUCUUUUUGCAGGCCAGCGGCCUGAAGAAUCUUUUUUUAAAGGACGCGACUCAUCUGUCAAGAAGAACUCUGCAUUCAUCAAAAAAUUGGUAAGUAUACUUCUUUGGUGUGUUUGUUUGAAAACACUUACAGAUAGUUAAAUUAUUUAUCUAUAAACCUGCUCUAAGCACUAACAAAAUAUGUUAGGAGCCAAUAGAGUAUUUGAAACUGCAUGAGCACUUGAUAUUAAAUGCUACUUUUAUAUUAUUUUUAGAGGACCAUCACAGAAUCCCAGCGUGAAUCGUUAGAGCAGGAGUUUACUGGUUUGAAUCUGUCAAGAUAUGUUCCAGAAGCUGUAAGUAGUACAGGAAGCACCUCACCUGUUCAGUCCUACAAAAAAAAUUAAUUUCAUCAUCAACAACUUUUCAGUACACCAAGGUUUUUAGUAGUGGAGUAUUAUUUUAAUGUUACAAUCAACUGCAGGCUUCAUUUAUUGAGGGUGGUGGUGUUGUUGUUUUACAGGUUGCUGCGGUACUAGAUGGUCUGCCAAAGCUGAAGGUACUUUUUACCUAGGAAUAAACCACUAAAAACUAUGGUGUUAACAUUGCAGUGUACAGAAUAUUAUUACUUGGGUCCUUUUAUUAUCAAUGUAAAUAAAUAACGAUGAGCAGUUUAAGGAUGUCUGUUUAAAGAUCAGUGCCUUUUAAGUUCUUCCUGAACCACAGCAGCACGCCCUUAUUUACAACUUUGCUGGAGUUCACUUUGCUUUGAGUCAAGUGAAUUUUAUUUUUACUAUUAUUUGAGUAAGGUACUUUAUCUGACAGCUUGCAGAUGUGAAAUGUGUGGCUCAUAUUUGUGGUUUGAUAAAUCAACACUAUGCUGACUUUAAUGAGCCUUUAAAGAAGGGACUCGUGAAGAUGUUUGAUUCCUAUGGUGGCAAGGAAGAGGACAAGGUUUGUUUCAUUAACACACAAUCAAUACUUUUUCCCAUGGUCAAUUAUAGUCUGAAAUUUUGUAUAUUUACUUUUGCACAAGAGUAGGUUAGGUAAGCUACUUUGUUCCAAUUGUAUAAUUCUCACUGCUCGCAAUAACUGAUGUUUGCAUUGUAGAAUCAUCUGUCAUGAAAUCUUAGACAAUGUACACUAGUUAUAGAUCAAAUUGUGGCAUACAGUCAAAUCUUUCUCCUUUUCUCAUACUCAACUUGGAGCCAUGCCAAGCCAACCAUGUAGCCUGAUUUUUAAUAUGAUCACCACAAAUUACAGUGCAAAAAGAGAGCUAACAAAAAGGCUAAGACUAGAUACAAGAAUAAUCAGAACUAAGGCACUCUAUUAAAUCCUAAAAAUAAAAACAAUAAGCCAAAAAACACUCAAAGGGUGGGUGGAUAGGGAAGGUCAGGCCAUAGUGGAUAGCAACAAAAAGAACUGAACUCUGACAGGGGCAUAGCCAGCUUUUCGACUAUCGUUGUAGGCCUGGCUAACUUUCGUUUCCAAAUAUCCUGAAAACUGCACGCAUGACUAGUACGCAUUGACCUCACCAACAGUUUGAGCUCUUAAGCUUUUAAACUCACCCCAACAACAUAUAAUUUAUUACAAGCAGUAGAGUGAUCAAACCAAAAAUUUGUAGGCCCAGGCGUACAGGUCUAUGGGCAGGCUACACCCCUGUCUGAAAUGCCUUGUGACAUGAAAACCCCACACACGCCCAAACCCAUACUCCCAGCAGUGUGAGAAAAAAACGUUUUUCUCUUCUUUCAUUCUUCAGCUAGAGAAGAACCACACUUUUUAUUGACUUUUUACCUUAACCACAGAUAGCAAAUGUGGGCAAGUACCGUGUCACCUUAAGACUUCUAGGAGAGCUCAUCAUUGCUGGAAUUUUUCCCAAGCUAUCAGAGGGCAUUAAAAUACUCAAUACCAUCCUGAGUAACAUACUGAACUGUGACAAGGAAAACCAUGUUUAUGUUCAAGUCAUUAUCAGCUUUGCGCGUCACUGUGGUGAGGACUUUGCUGGUUUCACAUCUCGGAAGCAAAGGCUGCUAGCUGAGAAGCAUGGAGUGACAUUUCCAAAGUGUUGCAUUGUAUCUGCUGAUGAUCAAGCUGCCUUGUAUCAACUAUUGCACACAUACUACAAGUCACUGGCAAGCCACUUAGUUAAAGCACACAAGGAUCUUCAGAAUAGAGAGAAGCAAAACAGGCAAACAUUAAUGGUACAGCUUAUAAUACUACUACUACUCUCUGCUAUGCAUAAUGUAACUUAACAGGUUGAAGGAGUGAUGACAUGGUGCAAGGCUGUAGUUGGUGAUUUUUCAUUCCGUUUACCUUCACUAAAAUACUUGCCACCAUGUUAGUGACUAGCCUGCGAACCGCAGACGCAUUUCCGGUCGUCGCUUCUCUCCCUCCAAAAAAUAGCGUCUGCGAACCCGAGCGGCAAAACGAUUUCGGUGACGUAAAACCUCUUGUUUUGAUGUAGGCCAAUCAGAUCAAAGGAUAGAAUACAGCUCGAGUGACUCCUCGCGACCUCGCGCGCUGAAGUGUCUUGUCAAUCAGUCCCACAAUCCUGGCAAAUUAGCUUUUGUAAACGCGUCGUUCUGAGAAAAAAGGACGGCUGUACACGAGCCACAUCGUCCUUUCAAUUUCGACUUGAAAACAUAUCCAUCGCGCACGAUCCUGUGAGAAGUCUCGCGAGUUAGUUCCUUGAUUUUAAGAGCUAAACCGUGAUUGGCUAAAAAGGUUUUAUGUCACGGAAAUCGUUUUGUCGCUUGGGUUCGCAGACGCUAUUUUUCAGAGGGAGAGAAGCGACGACCGGAAAUGCGUCUGCUGUUCGCAGGCUAGUUAGUGACUCAAUAUUUAAAAAGACUGAAUGGUUCAUUCAGAGCAUGAGCCAUAGGUAGGGGAGAGAAAUAACCAACAAUAUCAUUAAUAUUGUUGUUAUUUUGUGGGAUGAUUUUAUUUUCUGACAGACCAAAGGUGAAUUACACCCUGAGAGGAAGGAAGCAUUUGAGAAGGCACAGAAGGCUUAUGAAAAACUACUAGGCAACACAGCUUCUUUAGCUGUAAGUAAACAAUCAAUCCUCAAGGCAAUAUUUUUAAUAGAAUAAUGCAUUUUAAUGUUUACCAUAAAUGCCAUAACGAUUAUGGUCUUUUAAUGGGCUUUUGUAAAUUGCAGGACAUACUUGAUGUAGAUAUGCCUGAUUUGCCAGUAUCUGGUAUGUAGUUUAAAGUACUUGACACCUGUUGAUUCUAUGACUGAUCUUGGGUCCAGUGUUUAUAUUGUCAUAUUUUUUCCUUUUGAAUGUUUUUUAAUCCUGUUUGACAGCCAUGUUUUUUUUUUCCUUUUUACUCUUACAUGUACACUUAUCCAUUCAAUCCAUUCUCUAAAUUUUUAACUGCCUUAAAAUUAAAAAGGUGGCACUCAGUAGUGUUUUUGGGCUGUUAGUAGUAUUUUAGGGAUUGUCAAUGCUAUGUAUGUGCUUCAUAUCAUAGAGAUUGUUCAAGAAGAUGCUGGAUCUAACUCUAUUGAUGUUUUCAACCCAUUCAAACAUUCAGAGGUAAGAUGCAUAAGUUUGAUAACAUAUUCUACGUGUAAUCAAUAAUAAUGGUUUUUGGCAAUCAGGGAAAUCUUGCAAUAAAGGUGAAAAUUCUGAUUGUUCUGAGAGUUCUAAUAUUCUUGUUUAUCAUUUUAAUAAAGCCUCAGAGGAACUUUGAAAAGGAAUUCAAAAUUACUAGUCAAGUUCAAUCAUUUGUCAUUUAAGUUGUAUUAAAGUACUCUUGUGUGCUGUUUAAUCAACAAUUGAUUAACUCUUUUUGUUUAGUAUGAUGGCAGCACUGGACUUUGGGAAGAUGAAGAAACGCGAAUCUUUUAUGAAAACAUCAGAGAUCUCAAAGCUUUUCUACCAGGGGUAAUUUUUGAUUAUCUAGUAAUGAGCUGUUGAAUGUUUAAUGUUCUGAGGCAAUCCUUUUUUGUGAAUCAAGAAACGUAAAAGCAUAUAAUCUGCUGUGUGCACUUUAGUGAGUAUACAUGUACAGCUGUAGCUAAUUUAGCCAGUCUUCACAAGCAUGUCAGAAGUAAGUUGUUAACAUUGGCUGCUAGACUGGUCGGUUAUAACGUUAACUAGCAUACACAAUUUUCAAAACAGUAGCCAGUCCAAUGUACUUCUGUCUAGCUGUAAACAUGCAUAAGGGACAUUAUCUCUGUUUUUCCUGAUAAUUUGUUACCAGAUUUUGUACAAAGAUGAAUGGAAGGAAGAAGGAGAAGUUGCAAGUAAUGCUGAGAGUGAUGAGAAGAUGUCAGACAAGUUGGAAAGUAUGUUGUUAAGUGCAAAUUGAAAACAACUGAUAUAUAAACUUAAUAAAAUAAAUCAGCUAUACCAUGCUGUAUUUCCAGACAAUCAGUUGGGUAGCACUAUAUGCUGGAUAAAUACCUACAUUCCAGUGUAUGGUAGGAGAUGCUUAAUUUUGUUAGCCACUGGAUAGAGAAUUAUCCAUUGGGUAUUAUGUUACUGACCCUGAUAUACAUGUAGUAUAAUAAGUAUUUAAUUUUGUCCCCAGUUAGGUAUUUUUAUUAAUUUUACUCUACUCAUCAAAACUGGAAAGUGAGCAUUGGCUGAUGGUCAGGUGUUUAACAUUUUUCCUUGUUCAGUCGCAGAGGAGGAUUAUGAAGAAAUGGAUGAUUAUUUUGGUGAUGAGGAAUACAAUGAGAAGGAAAGUGAAGAAGGUACUGAUUACUGUAUGAUUGUGAAUAUUAACUUGAACAAAAAAUUAUUCAAAUAAUGAUUUAUAAUGAAUGUCUUUUACACAUUGCAUUAAUCAAUGGCAAGGGCUUGAAUCACUUAUGAGGACAUAAAUCGUGCUUGCCAAAGUUGUUUGCUGUACUUUAAGUGACCUUGUAAUAGUAAAGGAAGCUAGGUCUUUAGCAAACAGUGGUUAUUAAUAAAGCAAAGGAACUUUUCAGUAAUUUGCUGUUAUCUGCCCUUUGAUCAUUUGACUACUUUCUUGUUCAUCUAUUUGAUGCACAGUGAUGCAUUAGUGGUGGUACUUAAAUGACUCCUUUCAAAGCUUUGUGAAACUUUGCUGUUGAGGUGGUUGCGUGAGCUUAAAAGCUUACAAAGUGACCUACUAAGCUAGUCAGUCUAGGGCAACAGAAUCUACAAGAAUGUUGAAUAUUUUCAUUGUGGUUAAUUUCAGAGCGUCGAAAGUCCUCUCAGUUUGUAUUAUGCAGUUUUUAGGGCAAAGAGGGUCUAAAAGUAUCAAAUCAACGUGACCAUGAUAUAGAAUAUUUCCUCCCUCUCUUGUAGAAGAUGAUGACAACUCAUCAUCUGGUGAAACAUCAAUCUCCUCUACUGCUCUUGCUCUUGAGGCUAUCCUGCAGAGGUUGCCAACAUGUGUUAAUAAGGAUUUUAUCGAUGAGGUACUGUUUAUCUUGAUGAACAGUCAUCAAGCCACUUAGAAAUAAAUUUUUAUAAUCAACAGUUAUAGCAAAGUGCCAAAUAAUAAUCUUCAAAAAUUAAAAUGUUUACAGAUUUUUUGAGUCCUUUUUUUCUUUGGUAAAUACAAUUAUUUAUAUUUCAAUUAUCAUUUAUUCAAUUAAAUUCUUAAUGUCAAUUUGUUAUGUUGUUGUUAGGCGACCAAAUAAAAAAUAAACAUACAAGAAGUUAUCUUUUUGUUUGUAGGUAGCAACAGAAUUCAUGCAAACAUGCAACACAAAGGGAAACAGAAAAAAACUCUGUCGAGCCAUUCUUGCUGUUCCAAGAACAAGGUAGGUAAAGCAUGUGCGUUCAGUGAUUUCCGUCACUGGCCAAUAUCCUGCCAUGUAUACAGUAAAAAAUCCUUGUCAAGAGCAAGACGUAUUUUAAAGGUUUGAUUUCAUUGCAGACUUGAUUUGUUACCAAUGUAUGCUCGCCUUGUGGCAACUCUUGAUCCUUGUGCUCCUGAUCUUGCUCCUGAGCUAGUGCAGCAACUCAAAGGAGAAUUCAGAUUUAGGGUAGGUAUACAAAGGCUCAGUAGUCCAUAGCCUAAGUAUAUUAAAAUAGGCAAUAUUAUUGGUACUGGAGUUUCUGUUUCAGUGGGUAUUAUUUUUGUCUGUUGGCUGACUCGAGACUGUGAAUGCAACUGGUUUUUCAUUGGAGUAUCCUCCAGCUGUACAUGUAAGAGAGAUUGUGGAUAAAAAAGAUGGUUGUCAAAGGUUUGAACAAAUUAUUAUGAGAUUAAGAAUUUGUAUCAGUUCACCAGGUCAAAGAACACAGUGUUCACGGUCUCUGUAUCCCUCUGUUUUACAUUUCAUCUUGGUAUGUGUAUCAUAAUACUCCUCAUGUUUUCCUUUAGAUAUGUGUACCCUACAUUUAAGGGAAAGAGUCCUGUUCCAACAAGUUGCUGUAUUUCUGUAUUCCUACAUGAUGUAUAGAUAUGUGUACCCUAUAAUCAAUAGAAAUAACAAUGCAGCCCCAGCGUUCUGUAGUACUGUAUUACUACUGAGUAUACAACGUGGAUGUGUCUACCCUGUUUGGGAGUAUUUAAUGAGUGGAUGCUUUCUCCUAAGUGAUGACUCCCUGUAUUUAGGUUCGUAAGAAGGAUCAAAUUAAUUUGGAAUCCAAGAUAAAGGCAGUGCGGUUUAUAGGUGAGAUGUAAUUUUACAAUAGCAAAAGAAACCCUUCACCUUGCUUUACUGAGACUUGUUAAAAUACAUUCUACCACAUUUCUUUUUUGUCAGAUUAUGCUUACUCCCUAAACUGUGUCAAUCAUUUAUUAUUUUGGUAGGUGAGCUGACCAAGUUCCACAUGUUCCCAAAGGGUGAAGCAUUACACUGUUUAAAGGUACAUAACGCGACUGUCAGAUAGGUCUGACAUCAAAAUAAGUUGCUUGAACUGAUCGCAGUAAGGACUAUGGUUGGUUAUGAAUAUAUAUGAAGUGACAAACGGUCAGCCAGCCAGCAAUGUACAUGAAAAUGUUUCUCGCCCCCUAUCACUCAGGGCUAUUACAUUUUUAGUUGUAAACAGGCAACUAAUCUACAACCAUCAAAAUGUUAUAAAACUGGGAUGUAAAAGAGUACUAACGGCUUGAAACUUCACGCCACAAGAAAAUGAACCAUGUCAAUGAAGCCCAUCAAGCUAUGCCAAAAGUUAGUUUAUGCACAAAACCUUAUAACGUAGUAACUGAUAUUGUUCUCAUUCUUUAACUCCUUAUAUCUGCUAUAGCUAGUACUCAAUAGUGAACGACGUAUUUUGUUCAUUGUAUUACAAAUCUUAGAUGCUGUUGGAAGAUUUCACCCACCACAACAUUGAGAUGGCAUGUAAUUUACUAGAAGUGUGUGGUCGAUUUCUGUACCGAUCACCAGAUUCACACAUCAGGACAAAAAACUUGUUGGUAUGUAUUUGAUUGUCCUAUAGUGUGUGUAAACAUGACUAGGGUUGUUACCGAUAGUGACUUACUUUUAUCCAACCUCUGCAGUAAGUUUCUUUUGCUUUUUAUUGCAGGAACUAAUGAUGAGAAAGAAAGCUGUGCAGAAUUUGGACAGUCGUCAAAUGACACUAAUUGAGAAUGCAUUCUUCUACUGUAACCCACCUGAAAGACAGAAGGUAGAUUUGUGUGCAUGUGCUCAAGCAACAUAAACAGUGUUCUCUGUGUGAUUUUGCCAAACCAAAAAUGUAGAAGAAAAAAAUCAUUGCAAGAAUCAAAUUGCUUUUACUCUUAACUGUAGUUGCAAUUCUAUAUAAUUUUGCUGGCAUUGUUGCUGUUGCUUCUUACAGGUUGUUCAGAAGGUGCGGCCUCCUUUGCACGAGUAUGUCCGUAAACUACUGUAUAGAGACUUAGCCAAGACAACUACUGAGAAGGUAUCAUUGAACUUAAAGUCCAUCUACUGCUUGCAACAAGUAGCUUUUUAGUCAUAGACUAGUAAAGUUCAUCAUAGUGCCAAAUUUUCCCAGUUCUCAAAAGUAACAGUCAAUUAUCAUCUAUGAACCUUCAUUAUCUCUCUCUGGAGCAGGUUCCAAAAUACUGAGUAGAUCAUGUGUAUGGGUUUUGUUAGAAAACCAGUCUGUAAUUUCCCACAUGUACAGCUGUGUAAAGUGAAUAAGGGUUUAAUUCAAAAAACGUAUCUGUUGGUUACAAAAAUAACUGUAGCAACCUGUAAGUAAUCAGAAGUAAUCUGGGCUUUUGAAAGUGUAUAUGAACCUUGGUGUGUAAUACUGUUUUGACUGUUUUUGUUGACCUGCAGGUUCUGCGGCAGAUCAGGAAGCUUCCUUGGGAUGAUCCACAGGUAUAGGUUGUCAGAAAUCUAAAUAUCAGUGGUAUUGACAUAAAUAAAGAGGUAAUAAGAUUGUUUCACUAAGUCACGGGAGUGCUAGUGCUUGACACAAAUACAUACAGAGUGAAAUACAAAUAAUGAAUUGCACACACCAAAUGAUCAUCAGACUGUACCAUUUGGAGCUAGAUUUAAAAUUUAAGGAUUAGCUUGAUUGUUUCUGAUUGGCUGUGUAUUUUAUAGUAAUGUCAUGAAUUUUCAGGAAAAUAUGGACAUCUAUUUAAUAGUGUUGAAACCAACAAGCUAAUCAACACUUCAAAUACCUAUCUGAUAAAGCAAGUUCCUGGGCUCAUUUUUCUUGAGCCGAACAAAAUCAAACCUUGGGAGACUCCUUAAUUUUACCAAGAGGGGUGUGAGCAAUUUUCCGACAAUGAUAACUUUAUUGCAGGUUGCCCUGUAUGUGAUCAAGUGUUUAGUUCGUGUAUGGAACAUCAAGUACAACAGUAUCCACUGUGCUGCUAAUCUAUUGGCGGGACUGGUACAGUAUCAUGUGAGUAACCAAUCUUUUCUCUGAGUUUGAUCUUAUUUUUGAAGUAGUACUAUGACUUAAUUACACUUUGUUGAACUUUUGUUACAGGAAGAUGUUGGUCUAUAUGUUGUAGACGGCAUUUUGGAAGAAAUCCGCCUUGGAAUGGAGGUAUGAAAUUGCUAUAUAAUUGUGAAAAGGAAGGCAUGUUAAGGUUGAGGGGAAUCACGCAGUGUGUUAAUCCCUUUUUCAGACCAAAGUACGUCAGAAAUUGUACAUAAAUUUGUCAAUACAGAUUAAAGGAGGUCAAAAACUGUUCUUAGCUAUUAGCCAUUAAACAAGGCGGGUCAACCAAAGGCAUUCGGCAGCCAAUCACAAGGGUAGGUGAGAGUCGAUCACCUUUAUUCAGCUGUAGGUUAUUGAUUUAAGCCUGCAGUCAAACUUAAUUCCUUUUACACGUUUAACUGGGCCUGGCUUUUCUCUUAUGAACCAAAUGAAGAUUACAAGAGUUCUAUAUCAUUUUAUACCAACCCAACUGAGAGUGUUUUUUUAGAUGACUGAUAUAUCUUUGGAGGCAAUAUUAUCUGGCUUAAACUCUGAGGCACAGUUAUGAAAUUUUGUUCUACUUUAAAAUAACCACUAAAGGUAGGAGAGUAGCUAAUCGUUAUGUUUAGGUUUCACUGUGAAAAGUAUCAAUCAUUCAUUAUUUACUUUAAUUCUUUCUUUUGUUGUGUAGACAAACCUUCAGAAGAUGAAUCAGCGGCGUUUAAGUUGCAUCAAGUUCUUAGGUGAGCUGUACAAUUACAGACAAGUGGAGUCACGUGUCAUCUUCAGCAUUAUGUAUUCCUUCAUUACCUUUGGCAACAAUAACGAAGGUUAGUAUUCAGUAGACCUGCUCGCUGUAUGAAAGGUCAUUAUAAGCAUAUUGUACUGAUUUCUUCUUUCUUUCUGUCAUAUUCUGACUUACUGACUCACUAACACCACUUACACCCUUCAUGACCUUAAUUGUUUGUUGUGUUACCGUUUAUGGCUUUUUAGUGGUCGUUUGCACACCCGUUUAUGCCUCUUGUCUAACUAUCAAUGUUUUAAUCCCCCUUUAUGUGAUUCAGGACAAGGCUCGUUUACAUUAACUUUGAUUAAUUCCGGUUACCAGAAGCAGUAUACUCACAGAGCAGACUUGUGCUCUUUUGAUAGGAAUUCCAUCCGUUCUGGACCCUCCUGGACACUUGUUUCGUAUUCGUAUGAUAUGUACAUUACUGGACACUUGCGGACAGUACUUUGAUCAUGGUAACUACAAGAAGAAACUUGACUGCUUUCUAAUUUACUUUCAGGUGAGUUUUCAGUUAAGUAGUCCAAAUCUACAAUUGUGCUUUCUUAAAAAUGGGUUUUUGCAACUUUGCUUUCUUGUCACUUGUACAUUCUCAUGACUACAAUAGUUUAAAAGGUACACCCUCUACGGCCCUUAAUAUUAUAUGUAGAAGUGACAGGGAGUCUUCACAAUUUUUUUCCUUUUCCGAAACUACAACCCUGUGGAUGUCUUAGCUUUGUGAUGAUAAAUUCUUCUUGAACUGUGUGCUUGUCUAGUUCUCGUCAUAAUUUUGUCAAUCUUUUUUAAGGUUGUUGUAUGUUCAGUUUAUGGUUAAUCCUGGGAGUUAAUCUUUGGAUACUCUAAUAAAUGCCAUAAAACACCUUUCCUCGUUCAAUAGCAGUGAUGUUGAGUUCACUCGGCCAUCAAAAGAACAUAUCCUAAAGGCAAAACAAAGCCUAGUAUCCUUAUGAGUGUAUAAAAUAGAAUUCUUUAUGUAAAGAAGAACAGCUUUAUUUGUUUUACCCUGAAGUGCUACGUGUUGAAGAAGAAAGCUGAUCCCAUCUGGCAUGAAGGACACCCAUAUCCCCGUGAUGUUGAUUACAUGGUGACAGACACGCUAGAGUCCCUUCGUCCUAAACUCACCGUGUUUACAAACCUGGAAGAAGCUAUGGAGAGUCUCAACAAGUUGAACAAGGAACAUAAAGAGCAGAUAGGUUGGAUUUUGCUUCCCUGCUCUCUGGAAAAAAUAUAUAUUUUUUGCAUACACGGUUGGAACCUCUAUUAAAUGUCCCCUGAGUUGAGGUUGGGCUGGGAUUUGUUAAUAAUUAACCAACAAAUAAAAAGUCUUUCUUUUAUUUUGCCUCAGAAUCUACUGCAGUCAUUGUUUCAAGCAGCUAGAUAAUGUAUAAAAAAUCAUUAUUGACUUAUCUCUGCAAUAUUGUGUGUGGAAUCCCCACAUGCAAGUUAUAGAGAGGUAGUUCGCGUUUUGCAAAAACUGGUGUCCCCUGUGUGGAGGUCUUAAACCCGGGUCUCGAGAACCAGAAAAAGUGUCCCUUUCCUCUGCAUAGAGGUGUCACUUCAAGAGAGGUAAAUUAUAGAUACAAAGACUACGUGGACAUUUUUGCGGGACCAAAUUUUGCUUUGCUAGCUGAAUUGUUCCUUGAUUAGAGGUGUCGUAAAGGCAGGAGAGGUUCCACUGUAAUGUUAAGGUAGCUAUAAUGGAAAGAUACAAUUUAAGCAUCGUCAUCAGAUCUAAUUUUCUGUUGCAUCUUUAAAGGCAAAGAAUUUCCCACGAAAAUGGAGCUUCGUACUCUGCCAAUUAACUACACAAAACAGGCUAAAUUUUAUUAUAGGCAGUACCACUUUUAUUGUGAUGUGUUCAAUUUCAGAUAAAGCAGCUCCUCAAGAUCAGGACACAAACAGUUCAGCCAGCGGCACACAGACUUUCCCCAUGACCAAUACUUCCCACAAUCAUGUCGUCUCCAGCUCUCCAGCUGCAUCACUCGCACCCUCUCCAUGCCAGUCUCCUAUGCUGCGCGAGGAGGAUGAACUGAGUGAUACUGGGGAGAGCGGUGGCGAGGAUGAUGACGAGGGUCCAGUCCCUGGCGGUGUGGAAUCUGAUGCUGAGGCGGUUACUGAAGUUGAUAUGAGUGACGUGGAUAUGAACAAGGUCUCUUGUUCUGUUUCUCAAUUUGCACUCGAGUAUGACCAUUUAAUGUAAAAUAAUAUAAAAGUUCCAAAGUGGAAGACGUCGGCAAGCUUGAGUUGCCAUCGACUCAAACAUAUUAGCUACCAGGCUCAGAUCUAAUUGAUUAAUUUUUAACUACUUUGCCUGUAUAAUUUAAAUUCCCCUGUGAUAAAAGGUUAACUAAAAAGAUCUUUACCUUUACUAUUUUUCUUUACUAUACUAUCAUGUAUCCUGUAUAAUGUAGCCGGGUAUUGCCAUGUUACCUGUCUUAUAGGUCAAAGUUCUCAGCCCUCCUAAGGCGGAACCAACCGUGGAGGACAAGGCAUUCCUUGCGGCCUUUGAUAAACUGAUUUUGGAUGACACUCAGAAUCGUCGUGAAGAAAACCCUAAGGUAUAGUGUAACAUCUUUAGCUCAUCACUGCUGCCAAAAUUCUUAUAUGUUUGGAUGGUCGUAUUUAAGAUUCUUGAUUACAUACUGAAAAACUGGAAUCACUCCCAGGCUGAAUUGCACCAGUGCUGAUGAAAGCGUGGCCCUUUUCUCUGUUACAACAUGCUAUUUUACAAAGUAGUACUGUUUCUUGUGUCUUGGCUUGAGGAUGAGAUGACGAAUUUUAAGUAACCGCUAAGGUCAUCAACUGGUUUUAACUUUUUGAGUUAUUUGUGUCCGUCUAUCUCAUCGGUGUAUACUCAGGUUUGUAUAGUUACCCUUCAGAUAAUUUAGGGCAUAUCAAAGCCUAUAGAGCCUGACUAUUUUUCAGGUUCCCAGCCUGGAUGUGGCAGUUCCAAUGCAUCUCAAAGGUCAAAGAGCGCGUCACAACAGUUUAACUGAAGAAAAUGAAAGUCUUAACUUUGUUGUUAUGUUGAAGAAAGGCAAUAAACAGCAUUUUAAAGGUAAUCAAGUUCUAUCUCAUUAUGAACUUACCUUUAUUGAGGAACUAGUGUCCAGUUUAGAAAAUCUGUAACAUUUUGAGUAGGAGACACAUUACAUUUUGACUACUUUACAUUUCCUUCCUACCUCAGUAACUAUAGUUUUCCUGUCUAUAUAAAUGAUCCAUUGCAAGACAAGCAAUUGGCGCUUAUCGAAGCGAGCCGUUUGCUCGAUUCUGCGACUCCAAUAAUUCACGGACUCUACCCACUCCCCAUCUGCCUAGGUAUCUUGGACUAUUCACUCCAGUCAUGCUCUUUUCUGGAGGGGCAGACUAGCGUCCAGUUGUUGUUCUACCAUUCACAAAUGAAUUGGAUAUUUUAAAAAAAAAGGAUGAUCAGAUUUCAGCUCAUGGCUGUUUUAUUGGUUAGACCUGCAGAUUCCUCUAAGCUCAGGACUGGCGGCCAACAUCCGGAACAGACAAAUAGCUGAGCAACAGGAACAAGAGGAAGUUAAGAGAUUGGUUCUGAAUUACAACCAGAGACAGGAAGAGGAAAUUUACAACGGUAUCAGUAGCAGACUUGUUCACUAUUCUUUGGCUUUUUAGAAAACAAGUUUUAUCUUGACGUGGGUCAGGAUGAUGCACUGAAAAACUUUUUGUUUCAUUUUGUUGUAUUUAAUGUAGAAAUGCUGGCCCAGCAACGGCAGAGUGUUUCCGAGCCCCAGACUUCAAGGCCUCACCACCGCCCGGCCAACAAGCGACGCAUGCAAGAGGGAAGUGACACCAACCUUGUGUUUGCUAAUUUAACGAGGUAA